AUGGGUUCCUCCAGUAAAUACUACGACAUUACCUCCCGAGAGCAAUACGACAUGGGUUCCUCCAGUAAACACCACAACCUUGCCUCCAGAGAGCAAUACAACUUGGGUUCCUCCACCACAACCUUGCCUAGAAAUACAACAUGGGUUCCCCCAGUAAAUACUACGACUUUACCUCCCGAGAGCAACACAACAUGGGUACCUCCAGUAAAUACCACCACCUUGCCACCCGAGAGCAACACAACAUGGGUACCUCCAGUAAAUACCACCACCUUGCCACCCGAGAGCAAUACAACAUGGGUUCCUCCAGUAAACACCACAACCUUGCCUCCAGAGAGCAAUACGACAUGGGUUCCUCCAGUAAACACCACAACCUUGCCUCCUGAGAGCAAUACAACUUGGGUCCCUCCAGUAAAUACCACCACCUUGCCUCCAGAGAGCAAUACGACAUGGGUUCCUCCAGUAAAUACCACAACCUUGCCUCCAGAGAGCAAUACAACUUGGGUUCCUCCAGUAAACACCACGACCUUACCUCCCGAGAGCAACACGACAUGGGUUCCUCCAGUAAAUACCACAACCUUGCCUCCAGAGAGCAAUACGACAUGGAUCCCUCCAGUAAAUACAACAACCUUGCCUCCUGAGAGCAAUACAACUUGGGUUCCUCCAGUAAAUACUACAACUUUACCUCCCGAGAGCAAUACGACAUGGGUUCCUCCAGUAAAUACUACGACUUUACCUCCCGAGAGCAAUACGACAUGGGUUCCUCCACAAUACCACAUGGGUUCCUCCAGUAAAUACUACCACAUUACCUCCCGAGAGCAAUACCACAUGGGUUCCUCCAGUAAAUACAAUACGACAUGGGUUCCUCCAGUAAAUACCACAACCUUGCCUCCAGAGAGCAAUACGACAUGGAUUCCUCCAGUAAAUACAACAACCUUGCCUCCUGAGAGCAAUACAACUUGGGUUCCUCCAGUAAACAGCACAACCUUGCCUCCUGAGAGUAAUACAACAUGGGUUCCUCCAGUGAAUACUACGACUUUACCUCCAGAGAGCAAUACAACUUGGGUUCCUCCAGUAAAUACUACGACUUUACCUCCCGAGAGCAAUACCACAUGGGUUCCUCCAGUAAAUCCAACGACAUUACCCCCCGAGAGCAACACAACAUGGGUUCCUCCAGUAAAUACAACCACUUUACCUCCCGAGAGCAAUACUACAUGGGUUCCUCCAGUAAAUACCACCACCUUGCCUCCAGAGAGCAAUACAACUUGGGUUCCUCCAGUAAAUACCACAACCUUGCCUCCAGAGAGCAAUACCACAUGGGUUCCUCCAGUAAACACAACAACCUUGCCUCCCGAGAGCAAUACAACAUGGGUUCCUCCAGUAAAUACUACGACUUUACCUCCAGAGAGCAAUACGACAUGGGUUCCUCCAGUAAAUACCACAACCUUGCCUCCUGAGAGCAACACAACAUGGGUUCCUCCAGUAAACACAACAACCUUGCCUCCCGAGAGCAAUACAACAUGGGUUCCUCCAGUAAAUACAACAACCUUACCUCCCGAGAGCAAUACGACAUGGGUUCCUCCAGUAAAUACCACAACCUUGCCUCCAGAGAGCAAUACGACAUGGGUUCCUCCAGUAAAUACUACGACUUUACCUCCCGAGAGCAACACGACAUGGGUUCCUCCGGUAAACACCACAACCUUGCCUCCUGAGAGUAAUACGACAUGGGUUCCUCCAGUAAAUACUACGACUUUACCUCCCGAGAGCAAUACAACAUGGGUUCCUCCAGUAAAUACAACAACCUUACCUCCCGAGAGCAAUACAACAUGGAUUCCUCCAGUAAAUACCACAACCUUGCCUCCAGAGAGCAAUACAACAUGGAUUCCUCCAGUAAACACCACAACCUUGCCUCCCGAGAGCAAUACAACUUGGGUUCCUCCAGUAAAUACUACGACUUUACCUCCCGAGAGCAAUACAACAUGGGUUCCUCCAGUAAAUACCACAACCUUGCCUCCAGAGAGCAAUACGACUUGGGUUCCUCCAGUAAACACCACAACCUUGCCUCCAGAGAGUAAUACGACAUGGGUUCCUCCAGUAAAUUCCACCACUUUGCCUCCCGAGAGCAAUACCACAUGGGUUCCUCCAGUAAAUACUACCACCUUGCCUCCCGAGAGCAAUACAACUUGGGUUCCUCCAGUAAAUACUACGACUUUACCUCCAGAGAGCAAUACGACAUGGGUUCCUCCAGUAAAUACCACCACUUUGCCCCCAGAGAGCAAUACGACAUGGAUUCCUCCAGUAAAUACUACCACCUUGCCUCCCGAGAGCAAUACGACAUGGGUUCCUCCAGUAAACACCACCACCUUGCCUCCCGAGAGCAAUACGACAUGGGUUCCUCCAGUAAAUACUACGACUUUACAACCUGAGAGUAAUACAACCUGGGUUCCUCCAGUAAACACCACCACCUUGCCUCCAGAGAGCAAUACGACAUGGGUUCCUCCAGUAAAUACCACAAUCUUGCCUCCUGAGAGCAAUACGACAUGGGUUCCUCCAGUAAAUACCACCACCUUGCCUCCCGAGAGCAAUACAACAUGGGUUCCUCCAGUAAAUACCACAACCUUGCCUCCAGAGAGCAAUACUACCUGGGUUCCUCCAGUAAACACCACAACAUUGCCUCCAGAGAGUAAUACGACAUGGGUUCCUCCUGUAAAUACCACAUUGCCACCCGGUAGUAAUACUACAUGGAUUCCUCCUGUAAAUACCACCAUCUUGCCUCCUGAGACCAAUACAACACUGACUCCUGCAAUUAAUACGACCACAACAUUACAUCCGGAGAACAUUACUACGACUGUACUACCCGAAAUCAAUUCCACGACGGAUCAUCCAGAAACAAUCGAGAAAUCAGACACGAAAAUUGAAAACACCUUUUGGAAACGUGUAACGACCAUGUUGAAUGGAAUUCAUUUCUAA